CUUCAAGAACCGGAAUCGGAACCCACAGUCGUGGAUGAGGUUGCGCAAACUGGCCGAAGAAGCCGAGAUUAAAAAGCCGAAAUCAACAUCGAACGAGGAGUUAGAAGCUAUAGUUGUUGAAACCACGCCUAAGCGAAAGCAGAAGAACAGUGGAAAGGCUGACGCCGGCUCCCUACCUGCUUGGGCUAAAUCGGAGGACGCUAUUGUUGUGCUGUCGUCAGACGAGGAGGAUGAAAUCCUUAGGCGGAUAGACAAGGUCACCCCAACAGCAAAGCGUAUCGCUCGUGGGGAAGGUACCAAGAGGGCAAACAAGAAAGCCAGGAGCCGCUCCCGUUCACUCACUCCCCCACCCGCUCUACUUCCUUCGACGGUACAGCAAGCGCGGGAGACGGUCAGGCGCAUGUUUGGUGUUGCACCCCGUGCUCCUUCACCGACUGGACUUGGGGAUGACUCCAUUGAUGGGAUUGAACUCGAUCCUGAGCUUGCUGUAAUUGCAAAUACGGCAAAGAUGGAGGUCCAACGUCAGAUGUCUUCCACGCCCGCCUUCGGUGCUGUAGGCAGUCGCAGCCCAAGCCCAAUCCGCGGCGGUGGGCCUGAAGUAGUACAUAUAAGAGUUCGCUGGGUUAGCCACCCGCUGAAUCCCGAACCGAGGCGGGUUGUGUACGAGUACAAAAUGAGACGAAGCGAUUCCUUCAGAGAAAUGUUUGAUGAGACUGCAGAUUCCGCUGGGGUGCUGGCAGACCACCUUAUCAUUACAUACGAAGGCAAACGUAUCUUCCCUUCGGCAUCUCCUCAUGGCAUUGGUGUGUGGGAUGAAGCUAUUCUAGAGGGAUACGACAAGGCCACAUACGACUACAUUCGUACUCAUCGCCACACUACUCCCAUGGCUAGUGAAGACGAUGCCGGUGCAGACACUGGAGAGGCUCGCACCCAGUCGGAGGCACCGUCUGACGCUGUUUCUGACGAUGAUAACGAAGAGAAGAUAAAGCUCAUCUUCCGUUCGGCAGCAACUAAACCCAUCACUCUUACCGUUCGGCCGACUACCAAGUGCAACACUAUUCUGAAAGCGUUCCUGAAGCGCGCUGGUCUGUCUGACAAAUAUCCCGCCUCACCUAUCAAGAAAGGACGCAAGGGCAAGAACGCUGCGUCUGCUGGACCUGCCUUGAUGGUAGAUGGUGAAAGACUCAGUCCUGAUGUUGAGAUUAGCACCGCCGAGUUGGAAGAUGGUGAUCUUGUGGAGGUUGUCGGUCUCUAGGCUUUUCUGGACCUGGUCGGUAUUUAUUAAUGCUCAUCAAGCAUCUGGUCGUUCUGGUGCAUUUGUGUUUUGU